AUUAGUUUGCGCCAUAGUGCUACGACAUAUGCAUACGUCUUUGCUUCAGGCUGGUGGUGUGGUAGUAGACUGGAAGAAGUUUACUUUUUGAGCGACGUGAUUCAGAUUGUGACUUUAUUCUUUUCCUUAUGUGAAGUUGAAGAUGAUGAUCUUAGUUGGCAGCCUAUUUUUGAUUAUGAUUUUUUGGUAGCAUUCUUUCUGGAAGAAACAUGGCCGUGGUUCUUUCCCCACCUCUGCAUCCCUCUGCGGAUCAUCACCAUGAGGCUUUCAAAAAUACGGGCUUUCCCGCUCAUCUGUCAAGGCAGAACUUUUCUGGAGCCAGCCAGCUGCUUUCGCAGCAGGGGAAAAUAGUCGACGAUCUCACCGGCUUCCUCGCGUAUUUAGAGGCUUUCCCGAGGCAAGCAGCGUCCGACCAUAUUACCGUGGACGUCUACGUCCAGGCGCUGGUGAGCGAGUUGCUGGUUUGCUUGCAGCCAGGGGAGCGCAAAGGCAUCGCCGACCGGAUCGACCGCUGGGAAGCGCAGAGACUGCAUGACUUGCGCCUGGAAGCCGAGAAGGAGAAAAAUGUGAAGGACACACUGGAUCACGAUGUGACGCUUCCUCCCUCGAAAGAAGCAGGGGAAAAGAAAAACAUACGGAAUCACGGCAAGAUCGUACAAAAAAGUGGCAACUUUUUAGCAGAAGGUCUAGAGGCCGAGAAGGUAGAGGACGAGAACCGGUUUGUGGAAAAAGAAGCGGGGGAGAUUGAUGUUGGUAUAACCGAGCCUGGAGCGAAUGCAGAGUUUUUGAGUACACUCGGUGGGGUUGUCGAACUCGUCGAUCCUGUAGAGCCAAUCGAGGAUAGCUCAGCAUUGCGUGCGAGAAGACGGAACGAAGAAAAAUUAAGACUAGUAACACAAUAUAGAUGUAAGUACUUACUCAAUUCGUAAUCGUACUCGUGUCGUAGAAGUAGGUACGUAGAAGAAUUCUCAGAAGGUGGGAGCAUCAUGAAAACACCCUGGAAGAAUUAUUAGAAAAAGAAAGUUUGGUGCAAGAGUAAAGAACGACUACCGAGAUGCUUCGGCUCCUGAAGUAACUGGAUAGUUUUAGUUGUGAGUGCUUAAGUAUUAGCACUAGCAGGAUAUCCUCGUCUAAAGAAAGCGAAUUUGUUGGCGGAUCCGAGCAGUUAUGCCGAGCACAAUCGGAACAAGAAAGAUGGGAAGUUAGACAAAGAGGAAAAGGAGGAACUUAUGGCCACCGUUGCCGCAUCAGUAGAGCACAUGGUCGGACUCGCACACGGCAUUGGAGGUCGGAUUACCGAGGAUAACAAGGUUCUGGACUCAUUGAAUUCGAAGCUAGAUUCGCAGAAUGACGCUUUGCAAGUGAAGAACAAGACCGCGCGGGACAUGCUCUGGAGUAGCAAAUUAAGAUAAUAGAUAUUAACUCUAAAAAUUGCUGUUCAUCGUCUUCAUUCUGUUGAGUAAUUGGUUUGUCUUCGUAGUAGCAGACGGCACAGGAGAGUCCUAGGCAGCUUUUCUCGCUCCGUCUAGAUUCGGGUCAUCAGAAUUUGUUAGUCCUCUUGAGUAAAAAUAGAAUGUCACCUGCAUCAACCACAACUUCUCCCUCUCUAAGCAGCAUGGGCUUCAUGACGCAGAUGUUCCUGUUUGCAUUGUCGAUCACGAUUUUUUUUGGGAUGACCAGUUUUAUUCUCGCUACCAAGAUUAUCAACUGGUAAGCUGUCCUGGGCAGUGUCCUAAGCACGACGGCCGUGUCCUUGUGUGUCUUUGUUGUGAGAAGAUAAACCGCAAGAGCGGUCCUUGUUGGACGCUUUUGGAGCAAUUACAGUGAAACACCUUUGGUGGACGUUUUGACACACAUGGAUCUUCCAAAAUUAUCACUAUAAGUAAGUUUUUAGUACCCCACGCCUUCAGCCAUUCCGAGCAAGCACACCCACAGACAAUGUAAGAGUAAGAGUAUCAACAGCAUUCGUUUUCGAAGGGGUUUAGAUUUACCUCGUCGAAGACGAGUUUAUAAAAAGGCAAGUACAUUAGAAAAACGGGUGAUUGCGGUCAUUGUGUUCACGGAGAACCAGUCGUUUUGGGGAGUUAUGUCAAACUUUCCUGCGCUAAAUUGAAUUUCCACUGGAAGGAGGCUUGUUCAGGUGAGUCGGUAUCCCGAAUAUCUAAGUCACGUUGUGGUGGCCUCCCGAUAUGUGUUCGAGAUCAAGGAUCCGCUGAUGAAGUCUGAUUUGGGUAGCUGCGCU